UGCCCGUUCACUGUUCUUCGAUAAGUUGUCCGACCGCAUUGUAAAAUCCUUCGGAGAGGGCUCCAGAUAGUCAAUACGCUAAGCCAGCAAACUAAAUAACCCAAACAGCUUCAGAAUGUUCGUCUCGUCUGCUGCCCGUAUUGCCCCAGUCGCCCGCAACCUGGUCCUCAAUGGAACGAAAGCCUACCUCCGACCAUUGAGCUCCGCCGUCAUCAGCCAGAGCCAGACCCUGGUCGCCCAAAACAGCACCCCAGUUGCUCUGCUGCCCCAGGUCCGGUCAUUCCAGACUUCGCCGGUCACCCGGGAUAUCGAUUCCGCCGCGAAGUUCAUCGGUGCUGGUGCCGCCACCGUCGGUGUCGCUGGAUCUGGUGCCGGUAUCGGAACAGUAUUCGGUUCUCUGAUCAUCGGUUACGCGAGGAACCCAUCGCUCAAGCAGCAGCUGUUCUCGUACGCCAUUCUGGGAUUCGCCCUGUCUGAAGCCAUGGGUCUGUUCUGUUUGAUGAUGGCCUUCCUGCUGCUCUUCGCUUUCUAAAUCAGUUAUUUGAUUUUUUUUUUCACAAAAAAACAAAACACCCCCCUUAAUCGUAAUCUGCUAUAAAGUAAACAACAACAGAAAAACAUCAAAAUAUAUCCGUUUAAACGAGAAAAAACCAAACAACUCUUGAGGAGAAUAAUCAGCAAACGUUUUGCCAUGUGUUGAGAGAAUUUAAAAUUUUCUUCGAAUUAUAAUUAUCGAGGCAUCCAGAACUAAGCGCAAUAAUAAUUAUUGUGUGUUUGGCCUGCCACAACAUCCAUAAUCGAUCACCGCGAGAGGACUAAAUUGUUCGAACCGCGUUAGGAGGACCAGCCCCAUGAAAGAAGCGUGAUAAAACUGCCCAGCUAUCAAAAGAUUUGAAUAUGCUGCCAUCGAGUAAACAACACUGCAAGUGCGCCCCGCGUUCCCCUUUUCGCUAAUUUGUUACAAAUAGAAAGUUUAAAAUUAGUGGGCGCACAUUUUUUCAUCCUUCUUUCAAGGGUACUCCUAACCAUUAGAAAACCUCCGAAAGUAAAAACAAACUGCAACUACGAUUAAAAUUAAUAACAACCAAUUAAAAAAAGUUAGUCAAAAAAAAUGAAGCGAAGGGUGCUGUAGGACUGUAGAUAACCGAACCGAAUUAAGGCUGCCGAAGGAAAUUAGAACAAAACCGAAGGAAGGAUUGGGCAACAAAACAAAGAAAAAACACCCGAAGGAUCUCUUACUGAAAAGCAGUCACCUUCACGAACGUGUCUUUUCGUUUCCAAAACAUCUGAACCAGUGUGAGCGCUGAUCAGAAAACGGAAUCAGGGUCCUUAGAAGUGUCUCCGUUAUUGGUUUCCAUCUGUAUCGCAUUACGCGAGUCUCUUAGCAACAGCCCGUGGGAUUGUGAUUUGGGAGGAUUGCAACCUUUGGGCUAGGAUAGGAGGGUGGUAUUCGGAUGCAGCGCGAAAAUCAAACCGAGGGAACACGUCAUUGUACUGUGAUUUAAAAAGCUCUCGUUCCGAUUGAUCACAUCAUCCGGGCGCGAAGGGAAAAUUCGUGAAGCGUAAACCAACAACAACAAGAACAUCAACAACAAACACACUACCAACCAACGAAAAUGUGGAAAAAAAUAAUAAGAGAGAUCGUUUAACCUGCUUUUAAAAAUAACAUCUAAACUGCUACGUACUGUAAGGAGAACAAACAAACAAAAAACCAUCGUGAAGAAUAAAAAAAACACUUGAGACUAGUUACUGGUACAAACCGAAGAUAAGAGAA